GAGUGGGGUAGGUCAAUAUGAGUGAACGCUGUAGUAUUCAGGGGGUGCAGAUUACUUGUGAAAUUUGACUAUGAGGACUCCACGAAAGGUAACAGCAGAAAUGCACGCUCAUUUUGUGCUUUUCAACAGCGUGGAAAUAGCGAGGCCGUUGAAGAAAAACUAACAGGACUAUGAGGACGAGAAACCGAGAGCCAACAGAUACACUAGACAAAGGAGAGCUCCAUUUCCAUAAAAACACUCCAUAACGGAGCAAACAAAGCACAACAACUGUUUUGACACUUACACUGCUGUAUGGUUAUCGCCAUUUAAACAGGACAGACUGGACUGAAACCGAGCCUGCGUGGAUCAGUUGGGAAAGAAAGCUGGAGUGGUUGAAAUUCACUGAUUUACUUCUGUGAAAAUGGGGGAGCAGCCACUGUUCAGCAUGAAGGCACACGUCUUCCAGAUUGACCCGGCCACUAAACGAAAUUGGAUUCCGGCCAGCAAACACGCCGUCACAGUCUCCUUCUUCUAUGAUGCCGGCAGGAGCGUUUAUCGCAUUAUCAGCGUAGGGGGGACUAAGGCGAUUAUUAACAGCACCAUUACACCUAAUAUGACUUUCACGAAGACCUCACAGAAGUUUGGCCAGUGGGCGGACAGCAGGGCCAACACAGUAUACGGUCUUGGGUUUGCCACAGAGCAGCAGCUUCAGCAGUUCUCAGAGCAGUUUAAAGAGUUUAAGGAGGCUGCACGGCUCGUUCGGGACAAAUCACAGGAGAAGUUUGAGCUGUUGAGUCCUGGCCUAAACAUCUCUUCCCCACAGGUGCUGUCAGAGGACCGUCAGUCUCCUCCAUUGCUUGGUGUCAAUGGCUCCAGUGAAGACAAGUUGUUUCGCAGCAAGAGUGCUGACAUGGAGGAAUCCACAGAGAAAGAACAGAUGAGGAAGAUGCUUUCUGAAGGGUCGAUAUGCGAGAGAAACUCGGAAGCCGAGCUGUUUUCUCUUCGGGACAGCAACGCUAAGCUGGUCGCCGCUCUUCAUGAAGCUAACAGCAGCAUUGACCAAUGGAAAAAACAGUUAGCAGAGUAUCAGGAGGAAACGGAUCGCCUACGAGAGCAGGUUGCAGAUCUGGAGGCUCAGAGCGGGGUUUCUGCUUCCAGCGAGACGGGCAAUGAUGAGCUCACACAGACUAUGGCAGAGAUGGAGGCUCUUAUCAGAGCUAAAGAUGAGGAAAUAAAGAUUCUGCGAGGCAAGAAACCAGAUUUAAGUGAGUUGGAGAAAGAAAGGGAAGAGGCCUGUCAAAGGAUACAGGAUCUGGAAGCGCAGAACUCCGAGUUGGAGAAACGAGUGCGAACGGUAGAGAACGCUUUAUCUUCAUCCCAGGACGCCCAGACCAGAGCGGAGAGCGCGGUGCAGAAGGUCAUUGAAACUUUAGACGUCAAGAUCUACGACUUAAGCGACCUGAGACAGAACCUAGCCAAGCUCCUGGAGAAAUGACCACUGCGCUCAGACAUUACAAGGUGAAAAAAGAGAGGCAGAUGAGAUCUCUCUACUGGAAUCUUCCCAA